AUGUCAUUGGAAAACUCAGCGGGAGCCUUUACUGUGGAGAGAAAAGUUAUUCUAUGAGCCACUUCUGUCAUUGUUGAUAUCGCUAAGGCUAUGUACAUGUAGCUCACAUGCAAUAGAAAUAUUAAAAUUACUGUUAUUUUUCUUUUAAAAUAGAAAAAAAAAUUGUUCUUCAUUUAAGGUCCCUGUAAGUCGCUCCUUCAGUUUAUUCCAGACUGUUACUAUGACUACUGCACUGCACUUGAAGACACCACGCCACUGAGUCUUCCAGGAUGGGAGCCAAUACCCUUGAAUACUUCAUGGCCAAGAGCCCUUCAGCUAUGCCCAAAGCCUUGGCGUUACCGAACUGGUAAAGAACUGGACAAUGGCCGGAUAAGAGGAACUUACAAUACCUACGACGGAGGCGGCUAUGUUGCUCUCAUGGGAUAUGACUUUGAAACUGCCCAGGCUGUUCUAAGCGAGACUUUUGGUCAUGGAUGGGUUGAUCGAAAAACACGAGCGGUGAUCCUGGAGUUCGCAGUGUUCAACGUCAAUACAAAUCUCCUUAGCAUCGCUACGUAUUUUCACGAGGUUCUUGCCACCGGCGUUGCGUUCACAACAAGGAGGGUCGAGACCAUCGAGUUGUUCACCACAGAACAAGGGGCUGUUAUAUUCUACCAUAUUUGCCAGUUUCUUUUCAUGACUAUGGUUUUUUAUCACUUUAUCAUGUUGCUGUAUCACCUUUACCAAAGCCGUUUUGAUUUCUUUAAAUCAGUUUGGAAUAUGGUCGACUUUUUAAUGAUCAUAUCCUCUGUAGCGUCAGUGGCGUUCUAUAUGGUCAAAUCAAAGACUGUUCUAAAUAAUAUCAAAUCCAUCCAGAAUAAUCCUUAUUAUCUUGUGCAUUUCCACGCCGCCUUGCAUUGGGCAAACUUGGAAAAUUCUGCAAUUGCUAUUGCCAUAUUCAUGGUGACGAUUAAGCUUCUGAAUCUAAUUCGCUUUAAUCCUUACGUCAUUUACUUUUUUUCGUCUUUCCGUCAGUCGGUAGCCUAUCAGCUGUCGUACCUUUUUAUUUUCCUGCUAAUGUUUCAUGGCUUUGUUAUAUCAGGAAGACAGUUUUUUGGCGACACAGUCCGUGAAUACUCUAGUUACCUGCAGGCAGUUAUAUCUCAGUUCGAAUUUCUUUUGGGAAAAGCUGUUCCACUUGAUGAUUUGCGACGUGAGCACCCAGUUUUAGGCCCCUCGUUUGUUUUCGUAUACAUGUUAACAAUGACGAUCGUUCUCAUGAAUAUGAUAGUUUCUGUUCUAAACGAGUCCUAUAUCGAUGCCAAAACUUACGUAGAGGAAAGUGCUGAAGAUCUUGAAAUGGCACGUUUUAUAGCGCAAAGAUUUGAGGAACUGCUAAGAGGCAACAAGAAGCGACCAGAGUUCAAGUUAUACUGUGAUGAAGCAACAUUCAUGAACAUGUGCCAGUCGGAAGCCGAGCCGAACUGUUUAAAUUCUGAAACCAUUUUCAAGUGUACAGAGGAGAGACUAGAAAAGGUCGAGAAAAGACUCUCGGCCCUCAUUCGAGGCUCAGAAAAGAUGAAUGCUGACAAUGAACGAGAGGAAGCGGACUUUCUUAAGCUCCUCAAUAUUUUGGCCACUUUUAACAAAAGUGGACCAAUCUCGAGUAAAUCUCCAUGUUAA